AUGGGUGUCCCAGCCAUGUUCCGCUGGCUCAGCCAGAAAUACCCCAAGAUCGUAUCCACUGUGCAAGAGGAGCUGCCUAAAAAGGUCGGCGACCAUGUCAUCCCAGUAGACCGCACCGGCCCCAAUCCCAACGGCGAAGAGUUCGACAACCUAUACCUCGACAUGAACGGCAUUGUCCAUCCUUGCUCGCACCCUGAAGAUAAGCCUGCGCCCAAGACUGAGGCCGACAUGAUGAUGGCCAUCUUCGAGUACACUGAUCGCUGUGUCGGCAUGGUCCGUCCCCGUAAGCUUCUCUACAUGGCAGUCGAUGGCGUUGCGCCUCGUGCCAAGAUGAACCAGCAGCGUUCGCGUCGUUUCCGCGCCGCAAAAGAGGCAAAGGAAAAGGACGACGAGCGUGCUGAAUUCCAAAAGAUGCUCAACUCGCAGAAAGCAAGUCGUGGCGAGGACAUUUCCAGUCUCGAAGAGGUCAUCGAAAAGACCUGGGACUCGAAUGCAAUCACGCCUGGUACCCCUUUCAUGCAUCUUCUUGCCGAGAGUCUUCAAUACUGGUGUGCCUACAAGUUCACAACCGAUCCCUCGUGGAAGGACAUGAAAGUCAUCAUCUCCGAUGCAUCUGUGCCUGGUGAGGGAGAACACAAGAUUAUGAACUUUAUCCGCUCACAGCGCUCUAUGCCUACCCAUGACCCCAACACUUCACACGUUAUUUACGGCUUGGAUGCCGAUCUGAUCAUGUUGAGUCUUGCUACCCAUGAGCCUUAUUUCCGUGUUCUCAGAGAAGAUGUCUUCUAUGACUCGGGUAAGGACAAGGUCUGCACCCGCUGCGGCCGCAAAGGACAUAUUCGAAACAACUGUGAAUUCCCCGACGAUGGCAAGAAGCUCACCGAAGAGGAAGCCGCUGAAGAGUGGUCCAAUUCUGAGCACCAACUCAAGCCCUUCAUCUGGCUACAUACCAACAUUUUGCGCGAAUACUUGGCAGUAGAGAUGGACACGCCAAAGCGCAAGUUCAAGUAUGAUCUAGAACGCUCACUCGAUGACUGGGUCUUUAUGUGUUUCUUUGUCGGUAACGAUUUCUUGCCACAUCUGCCCAGUCUCGAGAUUCGAGACCAGGGUAUCGACUUACUCAUCAGCAUCUGGCGCGAUCUCGCCGCUGAUAUGGAUGAUUAUGUGACCAAAGACGGUUUCCCAGACAUGCGUCGUGUACAGCAGAUCAUGUCCGCUCUGGCGUCCCGAGAAGCUGGCAUCUUCAAGAAGCGAAAGGAAGUUUCGGAUCGCCAGGCAGCAAACAGGGCUAGACGCGAGGCACAGAACAACAACAACAAGCGCCAACGAACCGAAGCAAGCGGCCCACCUGGCUUCAAGCGUGCCAAGGAGAGUACCGACACUUAUACCAGCGCAGGUAUAGUAUUCUUCGACCCCAAGGAUGCGCAGUCAAAGGAAGUGCGCGAUGUGCACAAGGACAUCAUGCAUACCCGAGACGCUCAGUCCAACAAGAGCGCAGCUGCUCGGCUCAAGGAGCUCAUGAAGGCCAAGGCUGAUGGUACAGCCGCGCCUGAGCCGACCCCGGCAGAGCCCGCUCCCGAGGGCGAAACUGCCGUCCUUGGAAAGCGCAAAGCAGAUGAGGUAGAGGACGCUGACAACGGUACACCUGGUCGCAACACGCCCGUCAUUCCUGAGUCACCUGCCCAGGCUGUCGAGACCCCAAAGAAGGAAGAUGGCCCACAAGAAGAUACCAUCAUGCUUUGGGAGGAUGGCUACGAGGAGCGUUACUACGAACAAAAGUUCGGCGUCGACCCCAACGACAUCGCCUUCCGCAACAAAGUUGCACGUCAGUACGCCGAGGGUCUCUGUUGGGUAUUGGCCUACUAUAUGCAAGGCUGCCCUAGUUGGACCUGGUAUUUCCCCCACCACUACGCGCCCUUUGCCGCCGACUUUGUCGGUCUUGAAGACAUGGAUCCGCGCAAGUUGUUCGAGAAGGGCACGCCUUUCCACCCUUACGAGCAACUCAUGGGUGUUUUGCCCGCCGCAUCGAACCACGCUAUCCCCGAGCCCUUCCGUAUCCUCAUGGAAGACCCCGAUAGUAGCAUUGUGGAUUUCUACCCUCAAGAUUUCCCCAUUGAUCUCAAUGGCAAGAAGUUUGCUUGGCAGGGCGUUGCCAUUUUGCCUUUUAUCGACUCGAAGCGCUUGCUCGACGCCAUGGCGACCAAGUACCCCGAGCUCUCAGAUGACGAGAGGAAGCGCAAUGAGUUUGGUAAAGAAACUCUCAUCUUCUCCCAGGAAAGCGGUCUCUUUGACGACGUGGAGAAAGCGCUGUACCGCAAGGGCCAACAGAAGCACAAGAUCGACCCCACGAAAAGUCGCGCGUUACAUGGCGAUAUUGAACCACAUGAUCUCUUUGUCAUGGACAGUCAGCUUGUUCCGCCGUUUGAUGCGCAGGGCAUCACGGAGUUUGAGGUUACGCAGGAUAGGAGUAUGAGAGUAUACUACGAAAUGCCUAGUCUGAGCUCCGCUAGAGCACACCAGUCCGCCCUACUCCCUGGCGUCAAACUACCCAAACCGGCGCUCAGCCCCGGUGAAGCAGAAUCCGUACGUCGCUCCAAUGAACGCGGCGGUUUCCGCGGUGGUCGUGGCGGAGGUCGUGGAGGGGGAGGGUGGCGAGGGGGCGGUGGCGGCAACAACAACAAUUACAACAACGACCGCCGCGGCAACGACAACUACCACAAUGGCGGUGGAAGAGGAGGAGGAGGAGGCUACCAGAACGGGCGUGGAGGCAGCGGCAAUUACGGUGGCAACCAAGGAGGUUACGGUGGGAACCAAGGCGGCUAUGGCGGUCCUCCUCCUCCAUUCCCUGGUCCCGGCGGUAACUUUGCUCCUCCCCCUCCAUUCGCUGCGGGUAACUUUCCUCCCCCACCACCGGGUUGGGUCCCUCCGCCUGGUUUCGCUCCUCCUCCUGGUUUCGCUCCUCCCCCUUCUGGCUACGGCGCUCCGCCGCCGCCAAUUACUCAACAGCGACCUGCUUGGAUGAACGGCGGAGGUGGGAAUCAGCCGCCGCCGCAACAGGCACCUGGUGGGAGUUCGUUGAGGGAUGAGAGGUUUUAUAGACCGGCGGAUGAGAUACUUGGACGUAGUAGUAAUAGCGGCGGUGGUGGUGGAUAUCAAGGGCAUAGUGAUAGAGGAGGGAGGGGUGGUGGUAGGGGUGGACGUGGUGGUGGUGGACGUGGUGGUAACGGAGGUGGAUAUCAAGGUAAUAGGCAGAAUUACAACUCUAAUGACUACCGUUAG